CUGGCUAGUUUGACAGCUGAAGAGUCUACGUAACCCAAAACACUAUUUUUAAAACUUUAUUAAAGUUGUUAAAUACGGAUAUAAACAUGUUUUUAACAUUUGAACGAUCCUUUCAGUUGUACAAUAUUAGAAGUUAGUGCUACAGAAAGUUUGGAAGUGGAUACACUAGCUGAUUUGCAGUUGGCGAAUGUAUUACUUAACGCUAACUUAGUUUGGAAGUAAACAAACGUUGCAAGUUCUUAAGUAAGAGACAUUCAUUCCUGUUAUCAUAAUGUCGAGUAUCACAGAAGUAGUAACGUUUGAGGACUUGGAAGCCACAGACGUCAUCAGCGUGGAGUUAGUCCCUGAACGCAAGGGUCUCAUUCUGAAGCACUGUGAAUAUUACGUGAGCUCCCGACGACAUGGCACUACUGUUUCUAGAAGAUACAAUGAUUUUGUACAGUUAUACGAUGUCCUGUAUGCUAAGUACCCUUAUCGUGCAAUAUGUCGUCUCCCACCCAAACGCGUGGUGGUCGGUGGAGGCAGUUCGCGGUUCCUCUUACGCCGGAGAGCGGCCCUCCAACGCUGGCUAACGCUGGUUGCUAGGCACCCAGUCCUGGCUCAUGAUGCAGAUCUGAGAAUAUUCCUGUGUGAAAGUACUGUUCGACUUGAGAAGCCGAAGCAUGAUGAGUUUGUGUUAGCGGGAACACAGGAAGAGGGGCCGAGUGACGUGUCUACGGAGGAAAUGCAAGCGGCGCUCGUUAACGAACAGGAACAAUUGCGAUUGGCGCAUCUCGGCCUUGGCAGGCUCACGCAGAUCUUCGAGAAAGUACAAGAGCGAGGCUUAGCGGAAAGAAGUGAUAUGCGCGAGCUGGGCGCGGCGCUGAGCGCUCUGGCCGCUCCCGCCGCUCUGGCCGCUCCUGGCAGCACCACCGUGCCGCAUGCGCUCGCUGCUGCUGCUCAGUUAGCCUGCACAGUCGAGUCAGACGACACAGAAGAAUAUCCCGAAGAAGAAGGGUCGGAUGGUCUAGUACGCCUUGCGGGGGAAGCAUGUGGGGCGUACAGGGAGCUGUGUGCUCGCCUGUCGCGGGGCUUACACGCGGAGAGGGCGGCGGCCGCGGCGGCUGCCCCGCAUGCCCCGCAAGCGAGGCCUCUGCGGGACAGGCAUCGGUAUGCUUUGAGAGCUGCUUUGCAGGAGGGUGCCGUAGCUAGAGCUUACGUAGCCCGAGCACUACAAGCGCUGCCGGCGUUAGCAGGAUCCCGCGCCGCCGCGCAUGCGCAGCACUCCGCGCUGUGGCAGGACCUGCAUCGCGCACUCACACACACACACAAGUAACCAUUUGUAUUAUGACGUAAACUUUAUAUGUAAAAGUAAUGCUCACUGUCUUACAGUGAGGGAUCUGUCAGACAGGGAGCAGUCACGCGGUCAAGCGUUCAAGCGCUCAGUUUUGCGUUCUGUAUGUCAUUUUACGUUACAUAGACAUACACAGGAGGCAUCCUGACCGCGUCGGUCAAGUAGAAGUAGUAGAGCUCGAACGCAGAACGCUCGACCGCGUGACCACUCUAACGAUAAGCAAACCAUUUUCAGUUGUCAAAUCGCCGAUUUGACCAAUGACCAAUGCAAUGGGGGCUACCGUUUUUUGUUUCACCAGAUGGCGCAGCUGUAGCGUGAGUCUAAAACUAUGGCAAUCAAAGUUCGUAUUAUGAGCGCCAAAACUUCUAUCUAAAUUAGAUGAUUAUAUUAGAUCAUAUGUUAUACAAUAGAACUAUAGUGUGAACGUAUUGGCGAUGCCACAGUGUUGCGCAGUGGCGUUUUGCUCGAAAAAGAAAUGCGAACAUAAGUUUCCGAAAGAUUAAAGUGUGUCAAAGCAGUGACAUUUGCAGAACCCUGAUCUGUAUUUGCUACAAUUAAUCUAAAGUAUUGUUAAAUAUUCACAAUAUUAAUUUAAUUAGAAAUAUAAACCCUCGCGCGUAAACAAACACUGGCAUUUGACGCUACACAAGCGCCUCUAGCGGCGAUUUCAUACGCGGUAGCCCUCAUUUCAUGAUUGGUUAUGGGUGGAUUAUGGUUUUGAUGAAAUGGUGAAACUCAAUUUUUAAAUUGGUAGAGAAUUUGAAAAAAAAAAUAUCUUUAGAAAUAUGAGAAAAAAGUCUCGAAUUUAUAUCAGAUCUGUACCUGUGUUGCUUUGCACUUUUAUUUCUAUAAGUACUGGCUACUUUUCAUACAGUCAGAAUGAGAAUCUUUCACACAUUUUAAUAAGGCGAAUAAUAUGUUUAUUUUUCUAGUUUUUUAAGGGGCUAGGUGUAAUACUGUAAUCGAUACAUAUCUUUUCAUUUUAAUAUACGCAAUAUUUUAAAAUUUAAACGAAAUUGAUUGGUAAAUAAAGCUAAAAUAAAGCCUAUUCGGCAAAUAAAUUGAAUUUUGGAAUAAAUUGGCAACUAAAUUAAGAAAAAUAUUUUGAGUAAUUAUUAUUAACUGUAAGGUACCAUUUAAAAUAAGUUUUAUAAUAGGUGAUUAUUAAACUUCGUAAUACAUUCCAUUUUUUUUCGCAUGGCGGAUCUUGCUCAAAAAUAAAGGCUACUAAAGUGCCUUAUUGUUGUAUACUAACAAUAUAAAAAAUAUUUUAGCUCGAAUAUUUAACCUAUUAAAGCAAUUAUAAAAAUAAACUUAUUAAAAUACAUGUUUAUCCUGUGAUAUCUUUGUACACGGAGUAAGUAACAAAUGGAGCGAACGCAUGAAUCUCGGAAAAAAAUGUUCAUGUAAUAAUUUUUUUCCCGUCUCAAAUGUCAAUUGCCGUUUACCACUCUAUUUGUAACUUCUCUGUGUUUUUAUUGAAUCUAAGUACUAAGUAGGUAAUUAUGCAUUAUGACGACUUUUAUGCCAUUUAAAUAAUACCUGGUGCUAACUCGAAUAUUGAUGAUAUUCAAAAGAAAUAUUAUAUCUACUUUAUAUUAACGUUAUAGCGUAAAAUGAUUUAUGUAGUUAUUAAUUAUUUAUAGGAAAUAACAUAUCCAAUAUAUAGUACCUAAGCAUAUAUUUUGUUAUUGAUAUGAAAUGUUUUAUUUGAGAAAUAUACAAUAUUUUAACCAU